AUGGCUGCACCAGACGUUAAAUAUACCAAGCUCCUUUACAAGUUGUCCACACUCGUUGAAAGAGAUCAGSAGUAUCUUGCAAAACUAGAAAGUCUUGAUUGUGGAAAGGUUCUUAAUGAAGCAAAGAAAGAUAUCAUAACAGUCAUCAAAUGUUUGCAAUACUAUGCUGGUUGGGCAGACAAGAUUACUGGCCAAACAAUUCCUGCAGACGGCCCCUACUUUGUGUACACUCGUCAUGAACCGGUUGGAAUUGUUGGUGGAAUUACUCCUUGGAACUUUCCACUGAAAUCAUUUACAUUGAAGCUCUCUCCUGCCCUGGCUUGUGGCUGUGUUGUUAUUCUGAAGCCAGCAGAGCAGACUCCUUUGACAGCCAUCUAUCUGGCUAGUUUGGUGAAAGAGGCUGGAUUCCCACCAGGAGUUGUCAAUGUUGUGCCUGGCUAUGGACCCACAGCUGGAGCUGGUAUCUCAGAGCACAUGGAGAUAGACAAAGUCACCUUCACUGGCUCCGUAGAGGUUGGUAAAAUAAUUCAGAAGUCAGCUGCUGAGAGCAAUCUCAAACGUGUUGUCCUUGAGCUUGGUGGAAAAAAUCCMAACAUUGURUUCACUGAUGCUGACCUUGACCAUGCUGUAAGACAGAGUUUUAUUGGUCUUUACUCUAACCAAGGCCAGGUAUGCUGUGCAGGGUCCAGGGUUUUUGUCCARGAAGGAGUUCAUGAUGCCUUUGUGAAGAAAAUGGUGGAAAUGGCAAAGAGGAGAAAACUUGGGAAUCCUUUGGAGACAWGYACUGAACAAGGACCUCAGGUUGACACAGAACAGUUUAACAGAAUUCUUGAAUUGAUUGAAAGUGGCAAGACAGAGGGUGCAAAGUUGGAGUGUGGUGGUAGUCGUCAUGGAGAUAAAGGUUACUUCAUUGAGCCAACUGUCUUUUCUGAUGUUCAAGAUAACAUGAGAAUUGCCAAAGAAGAGAUUUUUGGACCAGUUAUGCAAAUCCUCAAGUUUAAGACAAUAGAYGAAGUGAUUGACAGGUCUAAUGCUACCAAAUAUGGUCUUGCUGGUGCUGUCUUCACCAAGGACAUUGACAAGGCCAUCACUAUUGCAAACAGUGUACAAGCAGGAAUUAUGUGGGUAAAUUGUUAUUUUGGUGGAAUCCCACAGGCUCCUUUUGGUGGAUUUAARCAAUCUGGAUAUGGGCGUGAAUGGGGAGAAUACGCUUUGGAUUCAUAUACUGAAGUGAAAACGGUGGUGAUCAAGAUCCCUCAGGCUAGACUAUAGAACACCCGUCUACUUUAAUCAUCUUAGGGACAACCCAUUAAUUCUGUUUAAAAAAAUAUUGUCAGCACAGAAGUCCAAAAAAAAAAUUUCUACUUUUCAUAUUAAAAAAAAUGACCCCAAAAAAUUCCCCUACCCCUCCAUCACUUUUCUAAUGGGUCGUCCCUUAAUAGAAAUCGCUGCGCAGUGUUAUCAUUKCGUACAUCAAUCAAACCAUAGCCUGCUAUUAAACAGGCGUUCUUGGUUGGCGCCCCCUAGCAGAAACGCCUGUUAGGCUAACCAAACCACCAUGACG